AUGCAACACCUCGUGCUCCUUUUUGCAAUUUUUGCUGGAAUUUUUUGUUCGAGUAGCCCAAUUUGCAUUAGUCCCAACGACAUAUUGGUCAAUAAUAAAUGCUGGAGUGUUCACACGACAUCAUCGAGCCACAAGGAUGCAGUUACGACUUGUGCGCAAAACUUCGGAACAUUGGUGACUGUAAAAAAUGCAGCUGAUAAUCAAGCCAUUAUGAGAUUGCUUGGAUCUACCAUCAGGCACCUUUGGCUGGGACUCUACUGUUUCCAAAGUGAUAUAUCCCAAUGUCAAUGGGAUGACGCUUCAGGUUCCGCGAGCGAUUACAAUAACUUUGCACCGAGUUUCCCGUACACUGAUGUCGGCCGUUGUGUGUAUUACGCUACCGAUGGAGCGUUAGCGGGACAAUGGAUUAGUGACGAUUGUGAUGAUGAUAUGAGAUCGUUCAUUUGUGAAACUCCAACCACGAUCCAAGAUUCGUGCGACCACAAUUUCAAUGGAUAUUGCUACUACCUAUCCACAUCCUUAAACUACGGUGUGGAUUACAACUUUGAACAAGCCCAGGAAACUUGUGAGAGCAUAAGUGGAAAUCUAGUUUCGAUCCACUCCCCAAAUGAACUCAGAUAUGUUAAGAGCCUUUAUCGAACCAAAAACACCCCGAGUAUUUAUAUUGGUGCUCUUACCGUAUCCGGAAAAUAUCACAGUUGGACUGAUGGCUCUUCCUGGACCUUUGACAAUUUUGACACCACUAGCCAACAGUCUGGAAACUGUAUGAUGAUGUCUCUGCAGAGCAGUGGAAGUUUAACUCAAGAUGCUUGGUACCCAAGUGACUGUCAGGUUACUAGAAGUUUCGUUUGUAAGAGGCAAGCUGGACUUCCGUGGAGUGGACCCACAACUCCCCCGACAACUGUUACACCAAGUCCUUCAAACCCUUCAUACUGUAACUCUUUGCUAGUGGCACCAUCUCAAGUCACGUCUCCUGGAUACCCUGGAAACUACACCAACAAUUUGAACUGCGCCUUCCAAUUGGCAACACUUGGGUCAUAUCGAAUUCGUCUAACAUUCAAUUCGUUCAACACUGAAAGUUGUUGUGAUAAAGUGACCGUGUAUGAUGGUGAUGAUUCCCAGGGUUCGCUUUUGGGUAGAUACGGUGGACAACUAGGGGUUCCAUUUUCUCUAGAAUCGACGGGAAACACGAUGUUGGUCACUUUCACAACGGAUGGAAGCGUCGUGGAACCUGGAUUUAGUGCUAAUUUUUUGUCACUGAUUUGA